CUGCACGCUGUGCGCAUAACGCAUGCGUAUUGGGGGUGAGCAACAAGCUCCUGUGGAAAACAACAACAAUCGUUAGAGCAGAGCAGCAAACAGAGAUGGUUCCGUAAAGCUCAACACUUCUGGUCUUUACCACUGUAUUCAGUCCAGCUGCUGCUAUUUCUACUGAAGCUUUAUACGUCGAUGGUGCCGAACCCAUGAACCUGGCCAGUCAAAGCGGAGACGCUGGCGGAAGCCAGCUGCUCUUCGCCAACUUUAACCAGGACAACACGUCCUUAGCUGUUGGCACCAAAUCAGGAUACAAGUUUUUCUCCCUGUCCUCUGUGGACAAAUUGGAGCAGAUAUAUGAAUGUAACAGAGUAGGCCCCUGUUGCGGUGGUCCUCGAUGUCGCUCUUCCUCUGCCUCUCCAGUUAGUCUUCACUCCCAGGCACAGAUUCCAUCUGUGCUACCUAUGACUGAUGCCGAUGACGGCGAUCGACUGCACACUGUAGAGCUGAAGCAACGUUCAACAGCUGACACUGAGGAUGUGUGCAUUGUGGAGCGUCUGUUCUCCAGCAGCCUGGUGGCUAUAGUUAGUCUGAAGGCCCCCCGGAAGCUCAAAGUCUGUCACUUCAAGAAGGGAACUGAGAUCUGCAACUACUCCUAUUCAAACACUAUACUGGCUGUGAAGCUCAACAGACAGAGGCUGAUUGUGUGCCUGGAAGAGUCGCUCUAUAUUCACAACAUCAGAGACAUGAAAGUGCUGCACACUAUUAGAGAGACUCCGCCUAACCCUUCAGGAUUGUGUGCCCUUUCCAUCAGCAAUGAUAACUGUUACCUGGCAUACCCAGGCAGUGCUACGAUAGGAGAGGUCCAAGUGUUUGACACAGUCAACUUGAGAGCAGCAAAUAUGAUUCCAGCCCACGACAGCCCAUUAGCGGCUCUGGCUUUCGAUGCUACUGGAACUAAGCUGGCUACAGCAUCAGAGAAGGGUACAGUCAUCCGUGUCUUCUCGAUCCCAGAGGGACAGAAGCUCUUUGAGUUUCGACGAGGAGUCAAGAGGUGCGUGAGCAUCUGUUCGCUGGCGUUCAGUAUGGACAGCCUGUACCUUUCUGCCUCCAGCAACACAGAGACGGUCCACAUCUUCAAAUUAGAAACACAGAAGGAGAAGUAUGUGCCAGCCGAGGAGCCCACCACGUGGGGAGGUUACCUGGGGAAGGUCUUGAUGGCGUCCACCACCUACCUGCCUUCCCAAGUCACGGAAAUGUUUACCCAGGGGCGAGCCUUCGCCACUGUACGUCUACCCUUUUGCGGGCAUAAGAAUAUCUGCGCCUUAGCUGUGAUUCAGAAGAUUCCCAGGUUGCUUGUAGCAGCGGCUGAUGGCUACCUGUAUAUGUACAACCUGGAUCCACAAGAGGGAGGCGAAUGCACACUAACGAAGCAGCACAGGUUAGACGGGAGUACCGAGCCCCCCAAUGAGAUCCUUGAGCAGGGGUCACAUGAUCGCCCACUUGUGGCCCAGACCUACAGUGCUGCUGUCUCAAAGGGUUACUGUGAAGAGCAGGGCGCUGUGGGAGGGGUGGGGCUUGACGACGACCUCAGCGACCUACGCUUAGAGGAAGACAACGAGCAACCGCCGCUCAUCCUCGAGACCGAGUGACUGGACUGAUGGCUGUACCCACCGAUCAGAGGGCUCCUCUGGUGCUGCUAGAGACACGUGACCCCAAAAGGGGCGUGGACAGGAUCAAAGAUAGAGGCGGGGAGGGGGGAGUGUCUUUGUUUUUCUUUUAAAGUGUUCAAGAGCCUGUCCGCCAGUUUGUUCAUGCAUCCGUCCGUUCACAUACACGUCGUC